AUGAGACGAUUCAAAGCUGUAGCAAGCAUCUAUGAUGCCGCCUUGAUCAACCGCACAGUCCCAGGACGCUCUCGUCAGCUUUCAACAGCUCUCCAACGAGAAACCCAUGCGGCGACUUCCCCCUCAUCAUUCAAUACUGCUGCUCGAUUUCCGAUAUCUGCCAUAACGACAAGAAAGCAGAAGUCAAUUCGCCAUGCCUCGUCUGCUUCUUCAUCUAUCGAACUUCGCAAAACCCCCCUCUACGACCUGCACAUUUCUAAUGGUGGGAAGAUGGUUCCUUUUGGUGGUUUCUACAUGCCAGUUCAAUACUCUGGACUCUCGGUGAGCGCCUCUCAUCAUUUUACGAGAGAGCAUGCCAGUCUUUUCGAUGUGAGCCAUAUGGUUCAACAUCGGUUUGAGGGACCAGGUGCAACUGCUUUUUUGCAGAGGAUCACACCGGCUAGUAUCGCAAAUUUGGCUUUGCAUCAGGGAGGGUUGAGUUGUUUAUUGCAUCCUGGAACUGGAGGGAUUGUGGACGAUACAAUUAUAACGAGGUUAGGACCGGAACUAUUCUAUGUUGUUACAAAUGCAGGAUGUAGAGCGAAGGAUUUAAAAUACCUAGGGGAGGAAUUAGAGGCGUUCACCAAGGAAGGAGGAGGGAAGGUCGGAUGGGAGGUGCUCGAUGGUUGGGGAUUAAUUGCGUUGCAAGGGCCAAAGAGUGAGGAAAUAUUGAAGGAACUUUUGGCAGAGGAGAUGAAGGAGGGAGGGUUCGAAAAUUUCUUGUUUGGACAGUCGAGGUUCAUAAAGAUUCGUUUGGCUGAUGGGUCGAUUUCUGGGAACUUGUUGGUUAGUAGGGGUGGUUAUACGGGAGAAGAUGGAUUCGAGAUAUCAAUACCAGAGAGCGAGACGGUGAUGGUCACCGAAUCUUUAUUGAAGAGUGCUGGGGAGACAAGACUGCAAUUGGCGGGGUUGGGUGCGAGAGACAGUUUAAGAUUGGAGGCUGGUAUGUGUUUAUAUGGGCAUGAUCUAGAUGAUACAACGACGCCAGUAGAAGCAGCUCUCGGUUGGGUAGUAGGAAAGGAGAGAAGAACAGAAGGAGGCUUCCAUGGCGCCGAAAUCAUUCUCAAGCAACUUACUCCGAAAAGUAAAGGUGGAAGUGGAGUAGAAAGAAGAAGAAUUGGCCUAAUAGUCGAAGGGGCACCUGCUCGUGAAGGCGCAGAUAUCGUUAACGAUAAGGGAGAGAAAAUCGGAAAUGUCACAAGUGGAUGUCCGAGUCCAACAUUAGGCAAGAAUGUCGCGAUGGGGUACAUUAAAGAUGGGUUCCAUAAGGCAGGCACUGAUGUAGGUGUGGUGGUUAGAGGUAAGGAAAGAAAGGCAAAGAUUACCAAGAUGCCGUUUGUGCCAUCGAAGUAUUGGAAGGGGACUAGUGGGACAGCUCCUGCUUAA